AAAAAGGGUAGCAGGAAAGUCAGCAGAAGUUCUUAUGACACUAUUUCAGAAAAUUGGUUUUAAUCUUGGCAAAUCAAAAAAGCUUCCACAAGAAACAACCAAAGCAGGGAAGCCCAAAGGCAGACCUAAAUUCCAUCUUGAGACAUUUGGGACAAUAGAUAACAAGGCAAUGCCACUGUCAUACAAAUUUUUAAAUGAGUAUCCACUUAUUGCCCCAGACCCUCACAAGGUGUGCGACUUUGAUGGAUGUGAAUGCAGAAGCCAAGAAGACUCUGAUGUUAUAAGACUGCCAUGUUUCCAUAUGUUUCACAAGCAAUGUCUUCAAAAGCAGAUUAAUGAUAAAAUAACAGAUGUUCUCACUGUACCAAGCCGCUUCUCAAAAAAGUAAACUUCCUUACAUCAUCGUUCAAUGAAUCUCUACUUUCACCAACCUCCACCAAAGCAAAAAGUACAUCAGAUGAUGAUGAUAGUAGCAACACUAAUGACGACGACCACGAUGAUGAUGAAAUUCCUGAAGUCAGCAGUCAUGACCCUCAAUACUAUGAAUAACCACAAUGGAAUGCAUUUAUAGAAAACAUGCUUGAUACCUUCCAAGUUCCACAGCCCUCUAUGUAUUCAGCUCAACGCACUUCAAAUUGUCAACAACUUCAGAACACUCAGUCCCAAAACAGUUCUACUCAGCAAAAUCAACAAAGCUCUCAACAACCUCAGAGAAGCACACCUAACACUUCAACAGUCAUUACCAUCAAUAUUCAAAAUGGAAAGUUCUGGCUUCUUGGCAGAAAUAUAUCACAGUCCACUCUGAAUGGUAGAAAUGGAUCAAAUGCUUGUACUUUUAUUGCCMUUCUUCUUUCCAAUUUUUUUGUUAUAAAUAGAUUAACUCUUCCAUUUCCUCGACAAAGUCUGUCUCCAGUAUGGCAGUUAAUAAUGAUUUCGUGCAUUACAGGAGGCAAUGAAAUGCAUGAUCAAGUUACAGGUGGUUGUCCUGACCAUUUUGCUGUUACUGAAGCAGUUGCAUCACACCCUUUAUUAUCAGGAGGAGGAAAUGAGGUGGAAUAUUCGUUUGACGUUGAAUUUGUUCAUGGAAAUCCUGCUGUACCACAAUCUUCUCUUGCCUUUUUCUUGCAAAGACUUUUACAAGAAUCUAACAUAGCUGCCAUUGUGAUCAUCAAUGCCAUGUCCAUUUGCUUUGUUGGAAAAGAAGACAAUAUUCUCUUCAUGGAUAGUCAUCAACACGGGAACCAUGGUGCGCUUUUUGGCUACAGUAAUCUGGCAUCAUUAGAGAGCUGGUAA